UCUGGCGCAUGCGCAACUCACAGACACCACAAAUAUGGCCGCAGAGGGAGGUCAUCUUGCGACGGCGUCGCUAUUUAGAGGCCUACUUCCGUUUCCUCUCCCUCUUUUCAGCUCCUUGUGGUGUGCAGAGGGAAGGCAAGAUGAGCAAGGUUUCCAGAGAUACGCUGUACGAGGCCGUGCGCGAGGUGCUGCAGGGCUCCCAGGCCAAGACGCGCAAGUUUUUGGAGACGGUUGAGCUUCAGAUCAGCUUGAAGAACUACGACCCACAGAAGGAUAAGCGUUUCUCUGGCACUGUCAGGCUGAAGACAACCCCCAGGCCCAAGUUCUCCGUGUGCAUCCUGGGUGACCAGCAGCACUGUGAUGAGGCCAAGGCAGCUGACCUGCCACACAUGGACAUCGAAGCGCUUAAGAAGCUCAACAAGAAUAAGAAGCUGGUCAAGAAACUGGCUAAGAAGUACGAUGCCUUCCUGGCCUCCGAGUCUCUGAUCAAGCAGAUUCCCCGUAUCCUGGGCCCGGGACUCAACAAGGCCGGCAAGUUUCCCUCCCUGCUGACGCACAAUGAGAACCUUAACACCAAGGUGGAUGAGGUCAAAUCCACCAUCAAGUUUCAGAUGAAAAAGGUGCUCUGUUUGGCUGUGGCAGUAGGACACGUGAAGAUGACUGAGGAGGAGCUGGUCUACAAUAUCCACCUGGCAGUUAAUUUCCUGGUGUCCCUGCUGAAGAAGAAUUGGCAGAAUGUGCGGGCGCUCUACAUCAAGAGCACCAUGGGAAAACCCCAACGGCUCUACUAGAUGUUCAGUUGCUUCUUACUCAAUAAACGAGGGGAAAAACCAUA